CAGUGUGUUGGAGGCUGAACAGACGGACUCUUCACUCUUAUGUCAAGCAGCAAUUAAAGCAAUUUUCGCCCUUGGAACAAUGGCUCUCUGGUUAUCAGCGGUCCUACUGGUGCUACAAGUAACCCCUGCAUCCUCUGAAGACUCCAUGUUUGAGUUUUCCACUGACACGCCAAUCAAUAACGUGGUGCAGGACCCUCUGACGGGGCGUGUUUAUUUGGGUGCGGUCAAUGCCAUUUAUCAGUUGGACUCUUUAUUGAAUCUUGAGGCCAGAGCUGAAACUGGGCCCAAGAAAGACGCGAAAGGAUGCACCCCUCCGGUGUCUACCUGCCAGGAUCUGAAAGACACCAACAAUACCAAUAAACUCUUGCUGGUUCAUUCGGCAAACGGGUCACUAAUAGUCUGUGGGAGUUUGUAUCGAGGAAUCUGCUCUCUGCUCAACCUCACCAAUGUCAAAGAGCAGAUCUAUUAUAGUGACAGCAAGGGAGAGCGGACUUAUGCAGCCAGCACUGAAGAUUAUGUUUCUGUAGUGGGGGUCAUGGCCACGCUCGAAAUCGACAAUAAGCCAUUCAGUGUCUUUUUAGUGGGGAAAGGAUAUGGAAGCAUGGACAGCUCCAAACUCAUCAGCACCCGAAUCGUGCAGAACUACCGCGACUGGGUUGUGUUUGAAAGCAUCAUCGAGGCGUCUACCGUCCAAGCAGUUCCCUUUGUGCCCAAGUACCUGCAUGACUUUCGCUUUGCCUUUAAAAACGACAAUUUUGUCUACUUCCUCUUUUCGCGAACUCUUGGCAGAACCGACAACAAGAACUUUACUUUCAUCUCACGCCUCUGCGAGAACGACAAUCACUAUUAUUCAUAUACAGAGCUUCAGCUUAGCUGUGGCCUGAACAAUCGGUACAAUAAAGUCCAGGCGGCGUACUUGUCAGAUCCAGGGAAAGAGUUGGCCCAGGUGAUGACUGAUUCUGGAGAGUACGGCACCGUCAAGGAAUGGGAUAAAGUCUUGUUUGUGGUGGCUAGCUCAGAGGAAGGGGCCACCGAAUCUGCUUUGUGUAUGUACCCCCUGAAAAACAUCAACCAGAAACUGUUGGCCAUCGUUACGGCUUGCUACACGGAUAAUGGGAAGAUUGAUGACAGAUUAGUCGUGGAGAGUCCCUACACGUCCAGUAAAGACGGUCCUUGUGUCAAACACGAUAAAGACAUAGUGAACCGGUAUAAGUGUGGAGCUGAUUUUCUCCCGUCACCGUUGGCCAGUCGACAGGAGUUUGCCUUGAAGGCCAAUCCAGUCUUCAUCAGACAGAACCUGCUGACCGCGGUGGCCGUGGCUGUCGAGAAUGAUCACACCAUUGCCUUUCUGGGGCACAAUGCAGGAGAGGUGAUCAAGGUACAUUUGUCAAGCUCGCCAGAGCCGUACAAUCCAGGCCCGGGCUACAAAACCAGCGGCUACGUAAAUAAGAACCUUUUCUUCGACAAAACCCAGGCGCACUUGUACAUCACCACCGAGAAAAAGAUCGUGAAGGUGCCCGUUCAGGCCUGCCAUCUGAAGCAGGACUGCCAGUCAUGUGUCGCUCAGAAAGAUCCAUACUGCGGCUGGUGUGUGCUGGAGGGAAGAUGCAGCAGGCGAUCGGAGUGCAGCCGCGCGGAGGAGAAGCACGGCUGGCUGUGGAGCCCGAACCAACAGUGUGUGAAAAUCAUCUCCUUCCACCCGCCAAAUCUCAGCUGCUUGAAGUCCCAGCAGGUUGAGAUAAACGUGCGAUCACUGCCCGUCCUCAGAGAUUCAGACCGGAUUCGCUGCAGUUUCGGCUCUUAUAACAGCACUGCCAGGAUGGUGGACGGGCGAAUCAGCUGCCAUUUACCUGAACAGCCCUUCAUUCCACCAACACCUCCAAACCAGGAUUUCGUGGCGGUUCCGGUCCAAAUCUAUGUGAAUGUUAGCGUGAAAGUGGCGUCCAGCGAAUACAAGUUCUACAACUGCGCCGCGGCCAUCCAGAAAGCACAAAACACACCAUGCACCUCGUGUGUGAGCAGCUCUUGGGGAUGUCAGUGGAACGUCGCCGCACACACCUGCACGGACCUGAGCGACGCUGAAACCGGAACUAAUAUCAUCAAGCAGAGACAGAAUAAAAGCUGCCCGCGCUUCGAGAAUCCCGAUCCCGUCCUCAUCCCGGUCGGAUAUAAAACACGGAUCAGUUUCGAAGGCAUUAAUUUGGACCCGUAUAAGGGUCGUGAUUUCACCAUCGGGACCGAGUUGAUGAGGGGUGAGGAAGACGUCAACACAGAAUCAGGCCCUUUCUACUCUUUCAGCGGAUACAUGUUCUCCUUCGAUAAAGCUCACGAAACCAGCGUUCUGUUCCACGUACGGGACAAACACACGGGCAAGAAGAUCGACAGCAGCCUUAAUGUGACUCUCUACAACUGUUCUCUGGGUCGUGAAGACUGCAGCUUGUGUAAAAACGCAGACCCCAAAUACCAGUGUGUGUGGUGCCGUCAGACCAGCGCGUGUGUGUACGAGCAGCUCUGUGCCUCCAGAGAGUCCGUCGAGUGUCCCGACCCGCAGAUCACAGACAUCACACCGAGAUUCGGGCCCCUGAAGGGGGGAAUCGCCGUCACUAUUAAAGGCUCAAAUUUGGGCAUUCAGAAAGACGACAUUAAAAACAUCACAGUGGCCGGAGUCAACUGCAGACAUCUGCGGGAGCGAUAUUCCGUCUCAACCAGUGUGAUUUGUGAAAUCGGGCCGGCGAGCUUGCGUAAAAGUGGAGUGGUGGAGAUCGAGGUGGGCAGAGGAAGGAAAGGCGUGUCCUCAAAAACGGUCCAGUUCACAUACAGGGAUCCUGUUCCUCUCAGUGUGUUUCCUAAUCGAGGUCCUAAAGCUGGAGGAACCGUCCUCACUAUUACUGGACAAGACCUGAACACGGCUUCAAAAGAAGACCUGCUCAUCCUGGUGGGAGACGUGCCCUGCCGAGUUGAGAGUUUUGGAGAUCAGAUCACCUGUAAACUGUCCAACUAUCUGGGGGAUACGGUUCCUUCUGCUCACCUGGACGUCAAAGUUCAGUACGGGCCGCAAAUCCCAACCAGCAUCAAGGCAGCCUUUCAGUUCUCCAACAACCCGUCAGUGUCGGACCAUCAGCCCCGCAGCAGCUUCAUCUGUGGUGGCAGGAGAGUGGUGGUGCACGGCUCUGGUUUUGAUCUGGUCCAGAAGGCCUCCAUCAGGGUGGUGGCGUCUGCUGGAGAGUGGUCCGGACAGGCCGUCCCGGAGGAGUUCGUCGAGGACUUCCAACACAAAAACGACACCAUGGUCACAUUCCUGUCACCCGCGGUCAACGAGUCCCAGUCCUUCCGGACGUUCGUUCAGCUCGAUAACCUCCAGAUGGAGCUGACGCCGUUCGCAUAUUACCCAAACCCCACGUUUGAUGAGCUCUCCAAGAGUGUGAUCACCGAAAACAGCAUGAUCAUUGUCACUGGUCGUGGUUUUUCCAAUGCGAUGACGGCGAAUGAGGCGCAGGCAUUUGUGGGGGAUGUGCAGUGUAUGGUCAACACGCUGCAGGAUGAUAAAUUAUUCCUGGAUCCGCCAAUGAGCACACCUAGAGCUCGAUCCAAGAGACCGAGGCGAGACACUGGGUUGCAGAUUAAGUUUGGCAGGGGCGAGUGGGUGGUGGGCUCUGUUCACUACGAGAGGAAGUACAGUCUCCCGCUGGCCGUCAUCAUCCCGGCGGUGCUGGUGCCCAUGCUGAUGAUCAUCGCCAUCUCCGUGGUUUGCUACAGGAGGAAGAGUCAGCAGGCAGAGCGAGAGUACGAGAAGGUCAAACACCAGCUGGAGAACCUGGAGGAGAGCGUUCGAGACCGCGGCAAAAAAGAGGUCACAGAUGGCGCCAAUGAUGUCAUGAUCACCGGCAAAUUGGACAUCCCAGAAUCCCGCAGGGCAACGGUGACGCAGGCUCUGAACCAGUUCUCCAAUCUGCUCAACAGCAAAACCUUCCUCAUCAAUUUUAUUAGAACACUGGAGGGCCGUCCGGAUUUUAACGCCAGGGCCAAAGUGUAUUUUGCGUCUCUGCUGACCGUAGCUCUUCACGGUAAACUGGAGUAUUACACCGACAUCAUGAGGACGCUUCUGCUGGGGCUCAUGGAGGAUUACGUUCACAGCAAGAACCCAAAACUGCUGCUCCGCCGAUCUGAAACAGUGGUUGAAAGGAUGCUGAGUAACUGGAUGUCCAUCUGUCUCUAUCAGUACUUGAAGGACACUGCUGGAGAGCCGCUCUACAAGCUCUUCAGGGCCAUAAAGCACCAGAUCGAGAAGGGCCCCGUGGACGUGCAGGUGAAGAAAGCCAAAUACACACUCAACGACACCGGCCUUCUGGGAGACGACGUGGAGUACAGCAUUCUGACGCUGCAGGUGCUGGUUCAGGGCGAGGGGCCUGACAUCACCCCGGUGAACGUCUUAAACUGUGACACCAUCUCUCAGGUCAAGGAGAAGAUCCUGGAGCAGGUCUACAAGAACCUGCCCUACUCCCAGAGACCCAAAGUAGACAGUGUCACCCUUGAAUGGCGGCCCGGUUCCACAGGACAGAUCCUGUCAGAUCUAGAUGUGACAUCACAGAAGGAGGGCCGGUGGAGACGCAUCAACACACUGGCACAUUAUAACGUCCGGGAUAAUGCAACGGUGAUCCUCUCCAGCGUCCAGCACACGCAACAAUCAUACGACCAAAAUCACGACAGCCAUGAAGAGAGAAAUGCCCUGCUGGAGGACGAUAAAGUUUUCCACCUGGUGCGACCGGCCGACGAGCUGGAUGAGAUCAAAUCCAAGAGGGGAAGCAUAAAGGACAAAUCCAUGACCAAAGCCAUCACUGAGAUAUAUCUCACCCGACUGCUCUCCGUCAAGGGCACGCUACAGCAGUUCGUGGAUGAUUUCUUCCACAGUGUUCUCUGCUCCGGCGCUGCCGUCCCGCCGGCUGUGAAAUAUUUUUUCGACUUCCUAGAUGAGCAAGCGCUGCGACACGAGAAUGUAGACGAGGAAACCAUCCACAUCUGGAAGACCAACAGUUUGCCGCUGCGCUUCUGGGUGAACAUCCUGAAGAACCCUCACUUCAUUUUUGAUGUGCACGUGACCGAGGUCGUGGACGCCUCUUUGUCCGUGAUAGCUCAGACCUUCAUGGACGCCUGCACCAAAACAGAGCACAAACUGAGUCGGGAUUCUCCCAGCAACAAAUUACUCUAUGCAAAGGAGAUCUCUACCUACAAAAGGAACGUAGACGAAUACUAUAAAGGAAUCCGACAGAUGGUGUCAGUCAGUGACCAGGAAAUGAACACACAUCUUGCUGAAGUGUCACGGGAACACACUGAUAAACUGAACACACAAGUGGCCCUUCACCAGCUCUACCGGUACGCCAGUAAAUAUUACGAUGGGAUCAUCAUGUCUCUGGAUGAAGAUCCCACCGCUCAGAGUAAACAGUUAACCCUGAGACUGCAGCAGAUCGCAGCGGCGCUGGAGAACAAAGUGACCGACCUCUAACCCCGUCACACACAACACUCAGUGUGUAUUUAGCUCAUCACUAUAAUCAGAUGUUCAAUUUCUUCCUGUGUAGAGGCGAAAGGUUUUAAGAGUCGUAUUCUCUAUUUUUUUUAAUGUGCAGUCUUUAUGCAGAAAGCUUUAUAAGAGGAAAAUAACUUUUUAAAUAGAC